AUGAAAGUUGCUUCACACAGCACCAAAAAGUUUGUCUCCAAUUUCCAGCCCUUAACCUUGAUCAGGCAGGGAAAGCAUAUUAUUGCUCAGCCAAAGAACAUUUACAACAAAAUGCGAUGGAGGGCACCCAUUAAUUACCAUAAAAAUAGUACUAGUACUACUACUAUCGCUUCUUCUUCAUCCUUUAAUGAAGAGGAGAUGUUGAGGUCUUCAGACUCUGUCGAUGGAGAAGAAUCGUUGCUCGCUGGAAAACUAUCUGACGGAGGACUUCCAGGCUCAGAGAGCACAGAAGUUCCGAAAGGGUAUGUAGUAGUCUACGUGGGGCCUGAGCUGAGGAGGUUUUUGAUUCCCACGAGUUGCUUGUCAAUGCCAGAUUUUAGGGGUUUGAUGGAUAAAACCGCUGAGGAGUAUGGUUUUGAGCAAGAGGGUGCAAUAGAGAUCCCUUGUGAUGAACAAGAUUUCCAAACAUUUUUGUGCAAAUGUCUGUCUUCUAAGGAUAAGAAAAAAAAUGCCAAAAAGGCUUGA